CAUAUUAGCAUAUUUAGAAAGUACUUAUACAACUUGAAUAAAUUCAGACACCGAACAAUUAACAGAAUAAUCACCGAUCCUGUUUCUCGCUUCUGCAAAUCCCAUGGCGGCCGUGACCCGCCUCGCGAAGCGCUCGUCCUCCGUCUCCUCCCUCAUCUCCAGGAGACGCUUCUCCUCCGAAGUCAACUCUCACGACCCGCCGCACAACGCCGCGCCCUUCCGACUAGUCCGGCCGCGUGAAGACCCGAGUAACAGCCAUGUCCGGUGGGUCUUCCUGGGCUGCCCCGGCGUUGGCAAAGGCACCUACGCCAGCCGCCUCUCUAACCUCCUCCACGUCCCUCACAUCGCCACCGGCGAUCUCGUCCGUGAAGAGCUCACCUCCUCUGGCCCCCUUUCCACCGAGUUAUCAGAAAUUGUAAAGCAAGGUCAAUUGGUGUCAGAUGAAAUUAUUAUAAGUUUAUUGUCAAAGAGACUUGCUGCUGGAGAAGCGAAAGGUGAAUUGGGAUUUAUUCUCGAUGGUUUUCCUCGAACAAUAAAGCAAGCAGAAAUACUAGAAGGGGUAACUGACAUUGACUUGGUUAUUAAUCUGAGGCUCCGAGAAGAUGUACUGCUUGAAAAAUGCCUUGGUAGAAGAAUUUGCAAUCAGUGUGGGGGAAAUUUUAAUGUUGCUUCCAUUAACAUCAAGGCUGAGAAUGGGAACCCCGAAAUUGUCAUGGCUCCACUUCUUCCUCCUACGGAUUGUAUGUCAAAGCUCACUACUCGAUCAGAUGAUACUGAAGCAGUGGUCAAAGAAAGGCUUCGAAUAUACAGAGAAAUGAGUCAGCCUGUGGAGGAGUUUUAUCGCAGUAGAGGAAGAUUAUUGGAGUUUAACCUGCCUGGGGGAAUCCCAGAAUCUUGGCCAAAGUUGCUACAUGCUCUUAAUCUUGAUAACUACGAGGACAAGCGCAUUGCCACAGCUUAAGGACAUAAUGUUGUACCAUAGCAGUUAGUAUUUCAUUCUUUGCAUGCAUAUAUUGCAUGCUUGGCAAUUUUGCAGGUAAGAAAACCAAAGAAAAGGAUUCAUAAUAUUAUUUCGGACCAAUAACUAUAUUGUGAAUUUUUGUAAUAUAAAAUUGAUAGUGUUGAGUUUGCUCUUCA